UAUAAAAAUGAUAAUUGAGGAAUUUAGAAAAAAGUUCAAUUAGCAAUAAGUUGAAGCUAAAUAUAUCAAAUUCAAGAAUAAUUAUCUGUAAACUUUUAGAGAAAACAAUAUUAAAUAAAUUUAUUUAUUACAUAAUCACAUCUUUGAGUGGAUUAUACUAUAAAGAAAGGUGUUGGUUAAGUGUAUAACAUUUAUAAUUAUAUAGGUGGGUGGUCCCACCUACAUGUGAUUUUAUUUUCGUUUUAUGAGUAUGUUAGGUAAAAGUUAAGCAAACUCUGAAAGUAGUUGUAAAAUAUCUCUAGAGCAAUGUUCUUCAUUUUUAUUCUUAAACAUUUUAUAAUAUUGUCCAUAUUUUUGACAUUUUUAGUUAAGUGUAGAGAGGUUGUAAUUAAAAGCAAAGAUAGCACUGUUGUUUUUGCAUAUAGACCGGGUAUUGAAGGUGAGAGUGGGCUUGGUAUUUGUGAACCUAAUGAAGCAUGUAAUAUUGUGCACAACCGUUUUUGGCUUCCAACAUUAACAGAAAGAUUGUGUCGAUGUACAGAAGGACGGGAAUGUCCUUGGAACUGGAAUUAUAUUAAAACUUCCAACAGGAGUAGUGAUUCUUCCAUUAUAAUUAAUAAUAGAUCAGUACUUCAGUUUUGCAGCCCUACAAAUUUGAAAAAUAUGAAAAUAUGUUCUAGUAAAGAAUCAGCUAUUACUUUCUUGGGAGAAAGUAAUCAUAACAAUUCAUUACAAUAUCCACUUUCAAUAAAAGCAAACUGCAAAUGUCGAAAUCCUUUUUUUUGGAUACUUCAAAAAGCCAAAUAUAUAGAAAAUAAAUCAGUUUUACAAGUUUAUAAAUGUGCAACACAAUGGAUGUGUGAUCCCCUUGAAUUUUGUGGUCACGUUAGAACUGAUUUAUUCUCUAUAUAUUAUCGUUGUACUUGUCCAGAAAAGCACUGGUGUAUUUUUCAAACAAAUAAGCAGGAAGCCGAAAACUAUGUACAUGAACUUGCUUACACAGGAACAGCGUUUAAAGCAUAUUGCAUUCCACAUUCAUAAUAUAUUUGUUUCUUUAACAAAUAUUUUAUUAAAUUAAGUCUUCAACGUCAGUUAUUAUUAUGUUAUACUAUAUCUUAAUAUUAAAUAAUAACAUAUAUAUGUUUUUUAUUUCAAAGAGUAAAUAAACCUUUUAAAUGUAUU